CAGUGGCUGGAGAUGGUGUGCGUCCUUUACAUUGCCGUCGUCACGUUGAGCUUUCUGCUCGUUGAGGAUUCAAUGAGCGGUAAUGUCGGGUUAGCCAUCACGCAGGUAUUCAAUCUGAUCUUCAUGUGCCAGUGGGGUAUGCGGCAGACGGCCGAGCUCGAGAACCAGAUGACAUCGGUCGAGCGUGUGGUCGAGUAUGCGGAGAUCCCACCGGAACCACCGCUCGAGUCGCUGGCAAAACAUAAACCCUCGUCCGACUGGCCACGCCACGGUGCCAUAAGAUUUGAGCAGUUUUCACUCCGCUACUCACCCCAGGGUGAUCCGGUAUUGCGUGAUAUGAACCUUUCGAUACGGCCGGGAGAAAAGAUUGGUAUCGUUGGCCGUACCGGAGCUGGCAAAUCGUCCAUCAUACAGGCCCUGUUCCGGUUGGCGGUAAACGAAGGUAUCAUACACGUGGACGGGCUCGACAUCGGAGCACUCGGGCUGCACGAUCUUCGGAAGCGCAUCUCGAUAAUCCCGCAGGAUCCGAUCCUGUUCUCCGGCACGGUACGGGAAAACCUAGACCCAUUCCGGCAGCAUGCUGACGCGGAUCUGUGGAAGGCACUGGAACAGGUCGAACUUCGGGACACGGUUCGAUCGAUGGAGGGAACGCUGGACGGGAAGAUGGCCGACGGUGGUGCGAACUUUAGUAUGGGUCAGCGACAACUGGUAUGUCUGGCCCGGGCAAUCCUGCGCAACAAUCGCAUCCUCAUACUGGACGAAGCGACGGCCAAUGUCGAUCCGGAAACGGAUAAACUGAUUCAACGGACGAUCCGGCAACAGUUCGGUGACUGCACCGUGCUCACGAUCGCUCAUCGACUGCACACGGUGAUGGACAGUGAUCGGGUUCUGGUAAUGGAUGCGGGCCGUGUAGCUGAGUUUUCGCAUCCUCAUGAGCUGCUCCAACGGGAUGGUGUCCUGAAGCGUCUGGUUGAACAGACGGAACCAUCGACCGCGGAAACGCUAGCACGAAUCGCACACGAUAGCUACAGCACGAAACGAUUGCCGCAAUCUUAGUGACGCCUGUGAUGAUAGCGUCACAGACUGUGGCCAUGGCCAUGCAGACAUUCGCGCCGCGAUACCACAUACCUCACGUAUCUUAGCACGUAACCAGCGGGCGGAGCGGCGCUGAUUGUAGAGUUAACGUCUAAAUAAAAUAAAAGGAAGAUCU